GAAUCUAAGGCUAUUCUUCCUAUUCUAUUUUAUUCUCCCGUUGUCCAAAAGCCCAGAUUUUUAUUUUGAAACAGUUGCUUCCCUACAAUAACAAAUGAUGAUCAGCACUCAUUCAAGACUGAGAGAAUCAUUGAAUUCCCACCAACAAGCUCUGAUAAAUUCGCCAACCUAACCCUCCUUUUCUAUUAACACCCACCUUCUCAUUUAUGAACCUCAACCUCUUAACUUUGGCUUUUACAGCUUCCUCUCUUCUCCUUCCUCAUUUACACUCCCACUCUCUCUCUUUCUCACUCUCUCACGGAAGCUCUGCUGAAACAUCUAUCAAAUAUGCUAAACAUAAACUAGAGCUUCAUUGUUGCCCCAACGUUCGUCGCUUACAGACUGGGUAAGCUCAGAUGUCGCCCUUGAAACCAGGAAAUUUUGGUUAUCCUGAAAACCCAUAUGCCAUUCUUUUGGGUUAUUCAGCUUAUUAGUCGCUGUUUUUGCUUUAUUUUGUGGCCAUUAUAGAGGUUUGAGAAAUGGACUGUGGCUUUUUAGAGGGGUUUUUAGUCUGGGGAUUCUAUGGGAGUUGCAGAAUCCAGGAAAGUUGCCGGAGAUGGACCCGGGACCAUUACGAGAGAUUCUCUGUAAGUAACUAAUGGCCGUGCUUUGGAAAACCUAAAAGGGGUGGGAUUUGAGAUUCUGGGUUGGCCGUGUGUUUCCGAUAUUCCUUACUUUCAAGAGUUUUUCUCAGAUGGGUCUUCGUUUGUUCGGUUCCAUUUUAGUUUUUGCACUGUUCUUCAAGCCUUUGGCUUGUCAGCAACCUAAUACAGAUGGGUUUUUUAUCUCCGAGUUCUUGAAGAAGGUGGGCUUAAACUCUUCCCAUGUCUACAAUUUUUCUGCUCCCGUUUGUACCUGGAAAGGGGCUUUCUGUGACAAAAAUGGAAAUGUUAUCGAGUUCGUGGCUUCUGGUGUAGGCCUCUCCGGUGCUAUUCCCGACAACACAGUCGGAAAACUCAGCAGACUUCAGAGUUUGGAUCUUAGCAACAACAAAAUCACCGGAUUUCCUACAGACUUUUGGAGUUUGGGCUUACUCAAGAGGCUCAAUCUCUCGUCGAACCAGAUUUCUGGCCCUCUCGGAGACAGCAUUUGCAACUUUGGACAGCUUGAAAGCGUCGACAUUUCCAUCAAUAAUUUCUCUGGGAAAAUUCCAGAAUCUAUAAGUUCAUUACUCAGUCUCCGAGUCUUGAAGUUAGAUCAUAACAGGUUUGAAGAAAGCAUCCCAUCAGGAAUCCUUAACUGCCAAUCUCUGGUUUUCAUGGACCUUUCGUACAAUCAGUUGAAAGGGUCACUUCCGAAUGGCUUUGGGGCUGCGUUCCCCAAGCUCGAAAGCUUGAACCUUGCAGGAAAUGAGAUUCAUGGUCAUGAUUCAGAUUUUUCUGGCCUCACAGCCGUGGCAGCUCUUAACUUAUCUGGAAACUUGUUUCAAGGUUCGGUUAUGGGGUUGUUCAAAGAGCAGUUGAAGGUCUUAGACAUCAGCAGAAAUCAAUUUCAGGGUCAAAUUUCUCAGGUACAGUACAAUUCUAGUUACAACUUGUCUCAUUUGGUGUAUCUAGACUUGUCUGAGAAUCAGCUUAGUGGAGAAAUUUUCAACAUUUUGGAGCGAGCCCAAAAUCUCAAGUACCUUAAUCUUGCUUAUAAUAGUUUUAGCAGCGGGGAAUUUCUACAUGUUAAAUUGCUUUCGAGUUUAGAAUACCUUAAUUUAUCCAAAAUCGGCCUCAUCAAUCACAUUCCUCCUGGAAUCUCACAAUUGAGUCAUCUGAAUACUCUUGACAUCUCUCAGAAUCAUCUUACGGGCAGAAUCCCAUCAUUGAGCGUCAAGAACCUUCAAAUUCUUGAUGUUUCGCGAAAUAAUUUGAGUGGAGAAAUCCCUCUAUCGCUCUUAGAAAAACUGCCAUGGAUGGAGAGAUUCAACUUCUCCUACAAUAACUUAACCUUUUGUGAUUCCAAUAUUUCCUUAAAAACCCUCCAUGCAGCCUUCCUUGGGUCAUCAAACAGCUGCCCCAUCGCUGCAAACCCGAGUCUCUUCAUAAGAAAACCCAGUAAACACGAGGUCUUGAAGCUGGCUCUGGCUGUUACUUUCUCCAUGAUCUGCUUACUUCUAGCAGUGAUAUUUCUAGCAUUCGGAUGCAGAAGGAAAAGCAGAACGUGGGUGGUAAAGCAGGCCUCUUACAAAGAAGAGCAAAAUAUCUCGGGGCCCUUCUCUUUCCAGACUGAUUCAACCACAUGGGUGGCUGAUGUUAAGCAGGCAACAUCAGUCUCGGUAGUAAUUUUUGAGAAGCCAUUGUUGAAUAUAACCUUUGCAGACCUAUUAUCUGCAACUUCAAAUUUCGACCGGGGAACCCUAUUGGCAGAGGGCAAGUUUGGUCCUGUUUAUAGAGGAUUUCUACCCGGCGGAAUUCAUGUGGCUGUGAAAGUUUUGGUCCAUGGUUCUACAUUGACGGAACAGGAAGCUGCAAGAGAACUCGAGUAUCUUGGUCGCAUUAAACACCCAAAUCUUGUGCCGUUAACUGGAUAUUGCUUGGCUGGGGAUCAAAGAAUUGCCAUCUAUGAUUAUAUGGAGAACGGGACCUUGCAGAAUUUGCUUCAUGACUUGCCACUUGGUGUUCAAACAACAGAGGACUGGAGCACGGAUACAUGGGAAGAAGUCGACAAUAUUGGAAUAGAAAAUGUUGGUUCAGAAGGUAUGCUAACAACUUGGAGAUUCCGUCACAAAAUCGCACUAGGUACUGCCCGAGCACUCGCAUUUCUUCACCAUGGGUGCUCGCCUCCAAUCAUUCAUAGAGAUGUUAAAGCCAGUAGCGUUUACCUAGAUUAUAACUUGGAGCCCAGAUUAUCAGAUUUUGGACUGGCAAAGGUUUUUGGCAAUGGUUUAAGCGAAGAGAUUUCCCGUGGUUCACCUGGUUACACGCCACCAGAGUUCUUACAGCCCGAGAAUGACUCUGUAACACCAAAAACUGAUGUAUAUUGCUUUGGUGUUGUCCUGUUUGAGCUAGUUACUGGUAAGAAGCCAAUUGGAGAUGACUAUCCUGAGGGAAAAGAAGCGCACUUGGUGAGUUGGGUAAGAGGACUUAUUAGAAAGAAUCAAGGAUCAAGAGCUAUUGAUCCGAAAAUUCGAGGUACAGGACCUGAGGAUCAAAUGGAGGAGGCCCUUAAGAUUGCAUAUCUAUGCACAGCUGACCUUCCAUCAAAACGACCGAGUAUGCAGCAGAUAGUCGGACUUCUCAAGGACAUCGAACCAACAGCUUAGCAUGCAAAUGACAGAUAAAAAAAGAAAAGCAUUGGGGUUCUAGUUCCUGUUAUCUUCCCCCACAACCACCUACAUUGGUUACUCCGGACUCCUUUGAUGCUGCACGAGGAAGUGUACAGUAUAGUCAUCAUGGAAAGAUAUGUUUUGAAUGUUGAUGUAUUACUUCUUGCCUAGUGUUCAUUGUGCAACAUCAGAAUUUAAUGUCGAAUACAUGAGUUUGGUCCUGGGAACUGAAAAAUGGGAAUUUCCAUCAAAAUUUUGUCCAUAUUCAUUUUUUUCA